CCCGCUCGCCACGACUAGAGAAAGCCCACACGCAGCAACAAAGACCCAACGCAGCCAAAAAUAAAUAAAUUAAUUAAUUAAAGAAGAAGAGAAUUCCUCGGUUAGCAACUGAGUAAACGAUGAUGCCAUCGACUGAGAUGAGGAAAACUGGGAACAGUGAGGUUGUGGGGGGUGGGUUUCUGGGAAAUAAGUGCUCUGUUUGGUCAUGUCCAGCCUGAGACUCGUUAGAGGUCCAGGUGGGAUACGUGAGCAGGGGAGGGAAGGGGGCCAUGUUCCCAUGCCUCCCCCACCCCUUCCCUGCCCAUCUGCCCCUUCAUAACUCAGCACUCAGAGACCUCAUGGCUGUGUUCCUCCCAAACACUCGUUUAAUCUGAUGUUCGUGGUCUUGUUUCUCUCCAGCCUCAGAAGGGUUGUUGGUGCUCUUCUCUUUGUUGCAGUUUCUGUUCCAGAGCUGCAGUUACCAGCUUGGGAAGCACAGCAUUGUGUCCUAAAGCAAGACCUUUCUGAAGAAGUGGAGUCACCAGGGGGUUCGUGAGGCUGGAGGACUUUGCUGCUGGCCAUUCUCCUUGGCCCUUGCCGGCUUCCAGUGGUCCUUCCUCUCUCCUGGGGACAAGAAGGAUGGAAAAGCCCACAGGCAAAAAAAAGAAGGCACAGACCCCAGAGGAAGAAGUGCGUGUUCAGAAGGACACUCCCAAGGAAGAUAAAGCAUCUAGGAAAAAGAAGCCAAACCAGAGAUCCACUUUGGCCAAAAAGCACAGUAAGGAACCCAGCCUGAGUCGUGAGGACGAGGAACACAUGUUUGAGGCCUUCAGUGCUACAUUUAAAGAUGACUUUGAGGGGGUUCCUGUGUUCACUCCCUUCCAGAGGAAGAAGCCCUACGAAUGCAGCGAAUGUGGGCGCGUCUUCAAGCACAAGACGGAUCACGUUCGCCACCAGAGAGUCCACACUGGAGAGAAGCCCUUCCAGUGCGCCCAGUGCGGGAAGACAUUCAGGCACAGCUCAGACGUGACCAAGCACCGGAGGAUUCACACCGGAGAAAAGCCCUUUAAGUGCAGUGAGUGCGGCAAAGCCUUUAACUGUGGCUCAAAUCUCCUAAAACAUCAGAAAACCCACACUGGAGAGAAGCCGUACGAAUGUAAGGAAUGUGGGAAAACCUUUGCCUACAGCUCAUGUCUUAUUCGCCAUCGGAAACGUCACCCACGGAAGAAGCACUGAGUGUGGGCAAGCCAUCCAGACUCAGAGCUUGUGCCCGCGAAAACUGUCCUGGCAGGCCUGCCUGGGGCUCCUCCUCCCUGGCGUCUGAUCGGGCUGGGGGUCCUGCCGUCACCAGGAAAACCGCCCCAGCCAGGUCAGCAAACACCGGUGUGGCCAGAGACCUUUCUGGUCUAGAGAAUCUCCAGGGCAAGACAUCAUGAUAACAAGGCAGCUCCUCACAGCUGUGGCACCAGGGAGGCGAGUGUACAAACUGCUGUCCAGGGGACAGGCUUCAGACCCGAGCACAGUCAGCACCUCCCACUGCCACCUCCGCCUGUGACUCCCAUGCUGGCUUCGGCCCUCCCACUGGCUCCUUUGAAGACUGUGCUGCAGACCUUUGGCCCACUGGGUCCCAAGUCCAUCUCCAUGCAGCCCGGCAGGAGGCCUGUGGCCCUGAGCUGGAUGGCAGUGCUUCCGCAGCGAGCACUGGGGACCCCAGUGUCCCCCUGGCUGGCUCUGGUGGCGGUGCUGUGCUUUGUCCUCUGCCUUCCCUCCUCUCUGGAGAACCAUUCCUUGAACUUGGCCCCUGCUCCCAGGAACUGGGCUCUCUGUGUGUCCUCCCACAUCAGCCAUCAUCCCAGCUGAGCAGCCUUGACUCACCAGGUGGACCACUCAGGACACUAAAUGCUGCCACUGUGGGCGCUUCCUGCCCUGGCUGUGUGAGGCCCCGGGAUGUUGACGGCAGCUUGGAUGCAGCCUUUGCCUGCCAUGCGGCCUUUCAGACACGAGACGGUGGGCCUGCCCCCCAGGGCCAGCUCUCCGUGCAGGUACUUCUGUCCUUUUUCGGCUGUGAAAGCAGAUCCGCCCCAAAGCAAGAAGUUCCUGAUGAAAUAUGCGUGAAAAAGAACCUCACAACUAGCAAAACUUCCACGUUCCUGAGCUCCAGGGAGGAACAGAGAUCAAGAAGGAAGGGAAGAGAAAGGCCGUGGUAAGAAAGGACACCCCUGCGGUCCACAUGGCUAGGCUGCAGGAGGGGCGUGCGGGGACACGGCGCGGAGGGCUGUCACUGCAGCGCGGGCGCUGUCACUACAGGGCAGGCAUUGUCACCGCAGGGCAGGUGGCCGGGCAGCAGACACUCCACCCUCGGGCAGUGCCUGCCGUCGGGUCAGGUGGAGGUGGAGGGAAGUGUUCCGUCUGAUAGGCCGUGUGAAGGCAGUGAGAUGAAAAGGGGAAGCAACCGCAGGGAGACGUCUCGAGAUUCUGAGGCGCUCAGCCCCUCCCCCUCAGCCAGGAGUGCUGUAGGACAGGCUCCAGGAGGAAAGAGCUGCAGGCCAAGUCAGAACCUCCUUGGCCUCGGAGCUUGUCCCGGCAAACGCCCUUCAGGGUGUCCCCUCCCCACUGAACACAGGAGAACGGUUAAAGCAGCGACCGCAAAAACACGUCAGGGCACCUGAGUUACCGCGCAGGCUCCCCGCUGCCGGGGCCAGCACGGAGGGCGCUGGGACGGCAUGACCUGGCGUCAGAGCGAAGGCACAGAGGACCUUGAACGGGCGUGGGGACACCUGCGGAUGUCCCGGGGACGUGACGUCUGUGGUCCUUCGUGCCAGACCCUGUGCUCUGAGGGCAGCUGGCGGUGCGGGCCACGGAGCAGGCGGGGCCGAUGGGCUUCAGCCCAGGUCGCCCUCGCCAGUUCCACUGCACCCCUGGGGAGGCUCUGGGCACCAGCAUGUCACCUGGGCUUCAUUUCUAAUGGCCGCUCAUGUCUGUCCCCAUUUUGGGCACCGAGAUGUGAUCAUUCCUUUCUUCUGCCGGUGAGCUAGACACCAAGACGCGCUGCAGAGUGACACUGGGCUGGCCUGGGCCCUGGGGGCAAGGCCAGGGCUCCGAGUCGCCCUGCUUGCAGUAGAAGCCCCUGGUGUGGGGGCACUUGGGCAUUUGCUCUGGAGCAGCACAGACAGAGGUCACGGUGAGGGUGGGGUUUUCAGUAAGCUAAGAUGGCGGGGUAAAGGGGGUGUCUCGAGGCCCACGGAAGCAGUGUUGGGACCAGAGAGGGAAAUGGCGGGGGACAGGGCGGGAGUGACCCGGGAUCCACUGCCUGGGGUCAGGGCUGUGCUCUGAGAGGCAGCCGGUGUCUUCAAGGACCCCUGCCCCGAGCUCGGAGUUCACUGCCUCCUGGCUGCUUGCGCACAAACUCCAGCCACCUGUCAGCAAAGCCGGGAGCCGGAGGUCCUCCCCUUGACCAGAGCCCCUACAGGAUCCAGGCCCAGCCACAGGGCGAGGCUGACGCUGCGGACUCCACGGACGGGGAUUUCCAAGGCCUGAGGACAGCCGUCCCUCGGGAUGAGCUCCCAGCGCCCCGGCCCCACUGCCCACAGCGAUCUCGGCACUGGGAGGCCCCGGUGUCAGGUACGUCCGACACAACCUGCGAGCUCCCUGUGGGCCCGCGUGGCCUGUGUCCCCGCAGCCUCACCCACGCAGCAUCCUGGUCCUGUUUGCCUUUAGUGUCCUGCCUCUUGGUGUUACUGCGUGUUUGUUUCCUGGAGAGCUUCAGCACUGGGGGUGCUGCUCGUCUCAUGACCCCUGGUGGACCGAGGUGGCCAUGGGCUACAAACGCCUGUGCACAGCGGGUGGCCUUGGGCCUGUGCUGGGGCGGAUGCUUUCCCCAGUCUAGUGUUGCUGACUGUUAUUUUUAGUCCUAGAAAUGCAACUUUCCAACUAGUCAAAUUUGUUGAACUUUUACUUGAUUAUAUUUUCACAUCCUUCAGUCCGUGGAAAGCAAGUGUGGUCUACCUUUGGGGUAGAUGUUCUCUUUUGUUCUCUCCUCGCUUUCCCGGGGCUUGCUUUUCACGCGGUGUUCUCUUAACCCAGACGGCUGUUGCGCUGGUCCCCACGUUUCUUCCCAGAUGCUCUGGGCAUCCGUCAGUGCUUCCUUGUCCUGCUGCCUCUGGAUCUUGUUUUCUCCUACAAUAAACAUCUGUUCUGACCUGU